AUGGAUGCAAAACUAUCCGAUCCGAAACUAAUUAUGGACCACGUGCCUUUCGAACGGCGCCCCAGACCUGGUGCCGAAUCAGAAGAGCCCGGAAAAAGGGGAAGGAAGCGGUUGGGGAACCCCAAACUUUUGAUUACCCGUUUGAAAGUGUACCCGAUAAACUGGGGAUAUGCUGAUGGCAUCACCGAGGAUGAAAAUAUUCACCUUUACGACUCUCUGCCGUGUACAUUAUUGCAUGGUGCCAGUUGGCUGAGCCGCAACCGUAGUUCAGUGGAUUUGUGUGUUGAAGCACCAUUAGCCCUUUUGGAGGUUGACAUUUUACGUUCAGAUGGAUCAGACCAGUCAGAUUUGGUCCUUCUUUCCAGUAGAUCUCACACAGAUUUGGUGUUGAAUUUCAACGACCGAGCCUACAAGUGUUUUAAUCAGCCCAUUGAACAAUCGGUAGCCUCUGGCACGACAUUCGCUUCUACGGUGGCGAAUGCCAAGGCACCACUAGUUCGUGAUGCAAAUUUGUCAGCAGUGAAAUGUUGGUGGAAGGGAACCUGA